AUGGCCGCGCGCCCACCUCUCGUCAUGCCGCGCGCCGCCGCCAGCGCCGGCCCGCUCCCGGCUGCGGCGACCGUGGCCCCGCGCCAGUCCGCGCAGUGUCUCCGCUCGAGGGGGGCUGUCGGCGGCCUCUUCUUCGACCAGCGGACAGCGCGCCCGGUCCGCCACCCUGACGCCAAGUUUGGAGCGAUUGGGAGCACCGCGGAGGCCGCGCCGACGGAGGGGCUCGUGCAGAAGCUGCAGGGGGUCGAGGUGUUCGACCUGAGCGGCAAGGCGGUGCCCAUCGUUGAUCUGUGGAAGGAAAGGAAGGCAGUGAUUGCGUUUGCCCGCCAUUUCGGGUGCGUGCUGUGCCGGAAGAGGGCGGACCUUCUCGCGGCGAAACAGGAUGUCAUGCAAGCUGCUGGAGUUGCUCUUGUUUUAAUUGGACCAGGUAGUGUUGAACAGGCAAAGGCGUUUUGUGAGCAAAACCAAAUUCAAAGGAGAAUAAUCCAUGAUACACAAGUGGAUGAUGUUGCCUUUAGCAUGACUUGGUGUGGCUGUAUGCAAGCUGGCCUCAAGAUAAUACAGUUGUACAGGGAAGGAUACAGGCAGGACUGGGAAUUGUCAUUUGAAAAGAACACUAGGACAAAAGGCGGAUGGUAUCAAGGGGGGCUGAUUGUUGCAGGUCCGGGUAUCGAUAACAUCUUGUACAUCCACAAGGACAAAGAAGCCGGAGAUGACCCUGACAUGGAGGAUGUGUUGAGAGCUUGCUGUUCCUGA